UCAGCCAAGGAGCAUGAAUUUAUUGUACCAAAAAAGUGUGUUAAGAUACCAAACGAUCUAGCGCUUUGGCAAAGAUCGGAAGCUUACUAUGAAUACCUAGGAUUUAUUUUGACAUUAAACAGUGCUGUUCAAGGUACUGCUUUGGACGCACAAUGUCCACAGUCACCUGUAAUAAACAAUGUUAUACAGAUGUUGAAUAGAUUUGAUGAAUGGAUAACAGAAAUUCCACCUACCGAACAACCACAGCGAUUUGGCAACAAGUCAUUUCGCAUAUGGCAUGAAAGACUACAGCAGAAUGCUGCAGAGGAAUUGAAGCAAGUUUUACCAGAAGAUCUAUAUCGUGCGAUCCCAGAGAUAGUGCAGUAUUUAUAUGAAAGUUUUGGGAAUCCAACUCGCAUCGACUAUGGAACAGGCCAUGAAAUGGCUUUCCUUAUGUUCCUCUGCUGUAUGUUCAAGAUAGGUGCAUUUGAAGAAAAUGAUAAGAUUGCUGUUGUAGUAAAAGUGUUUAAUAGGUAUCUGGAAUUGGUGCGUAGGCUUCAGCUGAUAUACCGUAUGGAGCCAGCGGGUAGUCAUGGUGUUUGGAGUUUAGACGAUUAUCAAUUUGUACCCUUCAUAUGGGGAAGUGCUCAGCUCAUUGGACAUCCUCGGAUAGAACCACGUCAUUUUGUAGAUCAAGGUAUCGUGGAAUCUUACAGCAAAAAAUACAUGUUUCUUAGCUGCAUUGAAUUUAUCUCAAAGGUGAAAAUAGGACCUUUUGCCGAGCAUUCGAAUCAGUUAUGGAAUGUUAGUGCAGUAUCCUCAUGGUCGAAAGUGAACAGUGGUCUUAUAAAAAUGUAUCAGGCUGAGGUAUUGGCGAAGUUUCCUGUUAUUCAACACGUUUUCUUCGGUUCUCUGCUACCAUUGACACCAAUGGUCCCGAAAUACUCUAAACCGACCGUUACUCCAAAUUACAAAAGAACUGUUGAUGAUAAUGAUCCACCGCCACCAGCGGUGCCACAAUGAAAAUUACAUUCGUAAUAAAUAUUGUUACUCUUGAAUUACUUUAUCACAUUUCCAAGUAUUUAUUAUAAAAUAUUAUUUUACCCUUUUCGCUC